AAACUGAACACACCCACUGAACACACACACACACACACACACACACGGGGAACAGCGCCCCAUCCAUAAUUGAUGCUAGCUGUGGGCAGGCAGAUGCUGGAGGCAGGAGGAAGAAGGGAGGAAGAAGGGAGGGAAGGAGGGAGAGCAGCUGGAUGUGUUUAUGGAGGAGAAAGAGGAAGGCAAGAUGGUGGAGCAGGGUAACCAGGAGGCCCCUCCCCUUCCAGACUCCAGGACUCAGCCGUACCCCUCCGCCCAAUUUGCCCCCCCUCAGAACGGCCUGCCCGCUGAGUUCACCGCCUCACACCCCCACCCUGCGCCCCCCGUCUACACAGGACAGCCCCCCGUCAGCGAACACCCCCUCAACAUGUACCCCACUUCACAGAACCACAGUGAACAGAGUGGACAGGACACCAGCAUACAGACUGUCUCAGCCACAGCCACACAGACAGAGGAUGAGUCUCAGACAGACAGUCAGCAGCAGAGCCAGUCGUCUGACAGUACUAACAGUAAGACUCAACCCAAGCGUCUCCAUGUCUCCAACAUACCCUUCAGAUUCAGGGACCCAGACCUCAGGCAGAUGUUUGGUCAAUUUGGUCAAAUCUUAGAUGUUGAAAUCAUUUUUAACGAGCGGGGCUCUAAGGGUUUUGGGUUCGUAACUUUCGAGCAUAGUGCGGACGCUGACAGGGCGCGAGACAAAUUACACGGCACGGUCGUAGAAGGCCGUAAAAUAGAGGUCAACAAUGCAACGGCACGGGUAAUGACCAAUAAGAAGACAGUCAAUCCUUAUGCAAAUGGGUGGAAGUUGAACCCAGUAGUCGGUGCAGUCUACAGUCCAGAGUUCUAUGCAGUACCGGGCUUCCCCUACUCAGCAGCCAGUGCUGCGGUGGCAGCCUACAGAGGGGCCCAUCUAAGAGGUCGAGGGCGUACGGUCUACAACACAUUCAGAGCAGCCGCACCCCCACCUCACAUCCCCACAUACGGAGGUGUUGUUUACCAGGAUGGAUUUUAUGGUGCAGAUAUUUAUGGGGGCUAUGCUGCCUACAGGUAUACUCAGCCUGCUGCCGCCACAGCUGCUGCAUACGGUGACAGUUACGGACCAGUAUAUGCUGCGGACCCCUACAACCACCCACUUGCUCCAGCAGCCACAUACAGCAUUGGUGCCAUGAAUCCGUUUGCCCCGUUGGCUGAUGCCAAGACGAGGAGUCAUGCUGACGACGUGGGGCUGGUGUUGUCCUCCCUGCAGGCUAGUAUAUACAGGGGAGGUUACAGCCGCUUUGCCCCAUACUAACCCACCAACCAACCUCCCUAAAACCAUACAACAACCAAUUACUACCCUACCAACCAACCAACCUCCCCACAACCAAACAACAAUCAAUCCUUUCUGACAGGGACACAACCGAGCAGCCAACCAACCGACCGACCAACAAACACACCACACAACCAACAAACCAGUAUGUGAGUGAGACAGAGAGAGAGAGACAGAGAGAGAGACAGAGAGAGAACUUUGAGGCCUGGGUAUUGCAAUAUAAACUGUUGAGCAUGAUUUUAGCAGCUCCUAAGGGAGAGGCAAGUCAGUCAACUAAAAAGACGGAUAUUUAUACCUCAGAUAUUGUGUGCUGUUCAUUUUGAUACAGUGGGUUUUUAAUUUGUAAAGGUUAGUAGAUUGUCCGUGUUGGUAGAGCUAUAGAAGAGCUACUAGAUUUUAAAACCUUACCAUUGUAAAACAACACAUUUCAACUGUUAGGGAUUGGUGAAAAGACAAACCAAUCCUGUAGAAUACAUCGUAGAAUGUGAUCCCGUUUCGUAAGAGUGUUUACAUGAUUGUAGGGUUCGGAUCCCUUUGACAUUCUCUCUGUUAGUGUCUAUGUUGUUUCCUAGCUACUGGGGUUAGGAUUAGGAAUGGGGUUAAAGUUAAGGACUGGGCAAGUGUUAGGGUUUGGAUCAGGUUAGGAUUAGGGUUAAGGUUGGGGUUAGGUUAGGUUAGGAUUAGGGUUAAGGUUGGGGUUAGGUUAGGAUUAGGGUUAAGGAUGGGAUUAGGUUAGGAUUAGGGUUAAGGUUGGGAUUAGGUUAGGAUUAGGGUUAUGGUUGGGAUUAGGUUAGGAUUAGGGUUAUGGUUGGGAUUAGGUUGGGGUUAGGUUAGGUUAGGAUUGGGGUUAAGGUUGGGAUUAGGUUAGGUUAGGAUUGGGGUUAAAGUUAUGGACUGGGCAAGUGUUAGGGUUAGGAUUAGGGUUAGGGUUAGGGUUAAGGUUGGGGUUAGGUUAGGUUAGAUUAGGAUUGGGGUUAAAGUUAAGGACUGGGCAAGUGUUAGGGUUAGGAUUAGGUUAGGAUUAGGGUUAAGGUUGGGGUUAGGUUAGGAUUGGGGUUAAAGUUAAGAACUGGGCAAGUGUUAGGGUUAGGAUUAGGGUUAAGGUUGGGGUUAGGUUAGGUUAGAUUAGGAUUGGGGUUAAAGUUAAGGACUGGGCAAGUGUUAGGGUUAGGAUUAGGUUAGGAUUAGGGUUAAGGUUGGGGUUAGGUUAGGAUUGGGGUUAAAGUUAAGAACUGGGCAAGUGUUAGGGUUAGGAUUAGGGUUAAGGUUGGGAUUAGGUUAGGAUUAGGGUUAAGGUUAGGGCUGAAGCUCAGGGUUAGGAUUAAGGUAAUGGUUGGGGAGGUGGGGGUAAAAUGGGGUACUAGAAAGGCACGAAAGGUUGCAAGAUCGAGUCCCCUGCUGACAAGGUCAAAAUCUUGCGUUCUACCCCUGAACAAGGCAGUUAACCCACUGUUCCUAGGCCGUCAUUGUAAAUAAGAAUUUGUUCUUAACUAACUUGCCUAGUUAAAUAAAGUUAAAAUAGAAAUUAGACCAGGUGGUAAAAUGGGGUACUAUAAACCCUCAACACAGUGCUGUGUCAUUAUUAGACCAGGUGAUGGGAAAGAGGGAGAUGGAGGGGAGGGGAGGGGAGGUGGGGGUAAUAUGGGGUACUAUAAACCCUCAACACAGUGCUGUGUCAUUACUAGACCAGGUGAUGGGAAAGAGGGAGAUGGAGGGGAGGGGAGGGAGGUGGGGGUAAUAUGGGGUACUAUAAACCCUCAACACAGUGCUGUGUCAUUACUAGACCAGGUGAUGGGAAAGAGGGAGAUGGAGGGGAGUAGUUGUGUGUGAAUGGUGCGUAGUCGGCAGCGUGCUAAACAGCGAGGACGUUGAUGUGUGGAUAUCAGAUCAUGAUGGUUGUGAUUGUCAUCGUUUAUCACUCAAAGCCAAAGGUUCAGAUAUUCCCGGGGUUUUCCAUCUGUGUGUGCCGUCAGAUUUUUACAGAGAAUAACUUAUGGUUAGAGGACAGAGUCUGCUUCCCAAACGGACCCCUAUUCCCUAUAUAGGGCCCUAUAUGCUUCUGGUCAAAGUUGUGCACUAUAUAGGGAAUAGGGUGCCAUAGGGUCCUGUUCAACGUAGUGCACUAUAUAGGGAAUAGGGUGCCAUAGGGUCCUGUUCAACGUAGUGCACUAUAUGGGGUAAUUAGGCUCGGGUCUAAUGUAGUGCACUAUAUAGGGGAUAGGGUGCCAUAGGGCCCAUGUCAAAGUAGGGCACUAUGUAUAGACAUAGGGUGUCCCAUAGUAAUAAUAAUGAUACUGGUACAGAUGUUGUUUUUAUAGAAAUUACAGUAUAUCCAUUGAUAUAGUUGCUGACUUUUAUAUUAUGGGAGAGAAUAAAAAAAUUACAAAAUGUCUAUAUUUAUCUUCUCUAUUUUACCUUUUGUGUUUCGUUUUUUUUUUUCUCCAGAAAUUAUACGACUAUGAUUAUUUGUACCCGAUGAAAACUGAACAAAAUAUAUAUAUAGAUAUAUAUACCAACAAUGUAUUAAUGGAGACGUUUGAGCUGUGCAACAAAGGUGUUCUCUUAAAACACAAAAUACACAACUGUAAUGUUUUAGUUGUAGGCUACAACACCAACGGUUUGGGAAAAAGCUUUUCUCGUGUUCUUUAUGAAGUCGUCAUAUCCAGAUGGAUCACACGACAAGUAAUGCAAUCAUAAUGUACAUACUGUCAUGGCAUUUUUUGGGGGGUCAGCUGUACUAUUUUGCCGACAGACACACACACAGCCUGUACACGGUCUUCACUACUACGAGGCUGCAAAACAUGUCAGUGUCCUAUACGCUGCUGGUGUUUUGUUCGUUGGGCUUUUUUUUAUGUUUACAUUGACUUGUCUUUCAUUUGGGUUUUGAUAUCGUUUGUAAUGUGACCUCCUUUGUAAUGUUAUUUUCUAGAACUCAGCCUUUACACUUUGAAAAAAAAACUGUUUGAUUAAUUAGAAAUAUAUAUGACUUAAAUGAAAAACAAAGAUGACGUUUAUGUAAAUAUGAAAAAUGAAGCUGUUGUUGAUUUAAAGUGCUCCAGGGGGGGCGAGAGAGGAAACGCCCAGCUCACCUCACGUAGCUAAAUACUUCCUCACACCCCUCUUUUCUACCUGAUAUCCCCCUCCCUCCUUUCCUCCCUCCUUUCCUCCCUCAUUCACCCCUCUUUCCUUCCUGAUA